AUGCUUCCAGCGGCCCAUGCAGCGGAAGAUCUCCUCCUUCUCCUCCAACAUCCGGCAGAGCGGAGAAUCACCGCUCUUCCAGGAUACUCGUGCGUUACUGCGCUCGGAAGACACAGCAGCUCUGAGGUAGUCUUCUGCAGCGAAGAAGAGGGCCAGGUUACCUUUACACCAGAGCGACCGGCACCUCCCUUUUCUUUUCUCUUCUACAAGAGCCAGGAUGCAGCCCCUGCUGUGCUUCUAGGAUGCAGCAGCUGCCAGGAGCAAACGUCCCUGCUUUCUACUAUUCUUAUAAUUUUCACUGCUGUUUACAAACAAUCUGCUCGUUUCCAAACACAGCAACUAUACCCGCUUUACGAGCAAUUCUACCGCCUACUUCGACUUGACCCUCUACUUGUUCAAUCGUCUGUGCUCGUUGACCUCCUUGAACAUUCACCCCACAUAGACCUUCCUGCGGCCCUAGAUGCACCUCUGGUUUACAGAUACGAAAUGGGGGUGCGCCACUACUUCAGUAACAUUUUGCACCUCUGGGCCUUAGAGGCGUCCAAUCUCCUGAGCUUUAGCCAGGGGCCCCGUGUGUAUGAUGGACCCAGCACAAACACAAAGUGUGCAUAUGGGACUCCAGAAUAUAGUGUCUUUGUUCCACGAAUCAAAAGCUUUAUAGACUCUAUGCGUAAGCACAUUAAACUAACGGGCUUCUCCUAUACUGACUGUUUCAAUCUGAUCAUUCUUGAAAAGCUAGCACAAAUGCCAUCAUUGUUUAGUUUUAUUCUCACAGGGAGCCAAAAGCAUUCUCAUCUUUUGUCCAUCAAGCGCUACAUUGACCAAGCUUUGGAUGACAAGACUAGUGUCUUUCACAAGAUGAUUUGCAUCCUUGCCAAGUCCAAUUCACACAGUGUUGGCGAAUUCAACAGACUCAGCUACUUCUCCCAGAAGCAGGCUGGCGCAUUGAAAAGUGCCCUACAACUUGCCAUCGCCCUGCUGCCGUAUGUGUUGGUUAUCCAUCGAGUCAGUACUAGUUAUUACCAUAUUGUGCAUAGCGACAUUCAAGAAGAACUCUCGUUGGAUUUGCUUAGCGACGCUUUCUUUACUGCUAUCUGUAAUAGACUUACUGAGAGUAAGGAGCCCGCAGCCUAUGACUUAAUUGCUUAUUCGCUAGGCUCUGACAUAACACUGGCGGUUCAACAUGCUAUUGGUCCAGACCACUUAUUUGCUACAAACAUACUUCUAUAUAGACGGAACCUUGGGUCUGCACUUCGGUUUCUAGAUAGACUAGGGAGUGUCCUUCCUGAGUCUCCCAAGCUUACCACUCGAAUCUCACAACUCAGGCUACGCUGUCAAGAUCUUCUCGACCUCAGUAUGUGGCAGUAUCAAUAUAACACUGCAUUGGGUAUUAUCAAAACAAGUGUCUACGAGUUUCCUCCCUCUCUGCUUACUAUUCUCGAAGAGACUGUAAAGACAAUCCAGCUUUUCAUACCAGAUUCGUACUCCACAUCUGAGACGGAGCCAACAAGCAACUUUACCUAUGCUCUAACAUUGCUCCCGACCGAGGGUGCCUUUGAUUGGCUUCCGUUUUUACUGCAAGGUCUAGGAUCGGAGCAUGUCGUCUCUGCUUGGCCAAAGAAUCUCGUCAAUUCAUCCUCACUCGAUAAACUAAGUGGUUCGGGUUCAUACUAUCCUAUUUGUGGUCGGUAUAAACCAACGAACACAACUGAGCAGUCUUGUCAAAGAGCAGUCAAGGCGGCUAUUCAAGGAGGAAGGCCUACUCCUACAAGCAGAUCAACUUCUGGAAGAAAGAAACCAAUCCUUAGACUGACUCUUGAUGUAGACGACCUCCAAGCUUCAAACACAAUAGGCUCGAGCCUGUCGGUCAGCUCUUUUUCGCAUGUAGCUGAGGCCCCAGUUAAAUCUAUCACCAGAAGAGAAAAAAGCAUGUUCAAGUACAACCACCCAAAAAGAAAACUUGUUACUAAAUCGCUCACACUCGCAACACUAUUUAAGCACAACUUUCAAGUCAUGCAGAGUAUCAUCCACAGGGCAGAUUUCAAUUGCAUCCACAGCAUUUCUGUAGGCCUUCAGCGCCUAGCUCCGAGCUUGGUGCCAACUUUCGAAGGUGGCCGUGAGAUUCAAUCGGCUACACCCCCUAUUCUUCCCCUGCAUUUAGGACGACACAUCAUUGCAGUGCGCACGCUACUUGAACGGCAAGCGAUCUUUGCAGCACUGUCCCCCUUGCUUCUACAGUUUAUCCUUGCCUCUAUCAGCUUUCUCUUUUACAUCAAGCGCAACGUACUUAAAUCAUUCUUCAAUAUUAUACAUUUGGAUCAGUACUACCCAUGUGUGCUAUUUAUCGAACAUCACUACAAGCACUGCGUGAUUCUAGCAUACAUGGUUUGUUGUUUCGGAACUGUCCUGUUGAGGUUUGUAGCCUGGAAAGCCACCGAGUCUCCCUUGCUGUCGACUGUCACAGAGGAAUUUCUUAGCAGAGUCACUAGCCACGGACUACUAGAUGUGAUGCUCUAUUUGUCCUCUCAGCUUUUGGAGCUAUUACGUGUUUCUCUACCAACUCGUACUCAUUGCAGACUCGGUGACUAUCCAUACAAGCAUAUUGCUUCACUGAGCCAGAAAUUGCCGUGUCCCGAAUUCCUUACAUUUCUAUGGCUCUUUGAUCAAGUAUUUGCGGCAUUGAAAGCAAUGCGCGACGAUUGCUAUCAAGCCUGGUCGUCAGCACUCAAUCAAACUGCCGAAAAGCUUCACGAUAUUAUGACUUCUGUACCCAUUUCUGUAGCAAGCCAGGCCGGUAACUUAGUGAGCUAUUCCAUUGGUAAUAUAGACCCGCUUCCGAACUUCAUUCGGAGUUGUCAUCUGUACCAAGUUAGUACGGCAUCUCAAAUGUUCUCAAGCUCUGAUGAAGGGACUAAUGACCAUCCUUUCAACGUAUUGUAUGAUCUUCUGAAUAAAAAACAUGACGAACAGGACAAUUUUCAGACCGUACUACUCAACUUUAAAGAAGACUUGCUGAAUUGCGGGCCCACAGUGAAGCAUGGAGCGUGGAUCUUACCUCCAAUUUCUCCUCAGCUAUCACAAGCCUCGCUUUCGCUUUUUCGGUUCUGUAUAUCUACCUCCAUACUUCACAAGCAUAGGCGCCUAGAGUCUUUACUUAAUGAGCAUCGUUCGCUUUAUACACGUCUUCAUCAGUCCCACCUAUGGACGUUGGUUCGAGAACAGUGUGUACAGGUCGAUGCUUUAUUCAAGAGUUAUCUCUCCAAUCCAGCUUUCAUCUGGCAGACAACUGACACUAUGGAGCAAUUUCUGCAGGACCUCAGCGCUUCUAUCCAGCUGCUUUCGUCGCAAACCCAUACUCUAUCUACUAUCACUGCUAAUCUUCGCAACAGCCUUAUGAGCUAUGCGCCAGCUUUAAAGAAGCGCAUUAACUUGCCAAUCACACAGCCCCUUGCACCUGUUUCAGAAUUUCUAGCAUCAUCCCGCUCGUGGUCUAAUGACCAACUACCAGACAGCAUUGUUGUGCAUAUUCUCAAUGAUAUCUUGUCACAGGAGUCAGAACUAGGAGACACACCUAAGUAUUUCAUUCCAAAGUUUGCAGAGGUAAUCCAGUAUCAUGAGUAUUUGUCGUUUGGAAGCAUGGUCCUGGCAGACACGGACUUAUGCAAUAAUAAUACUGACGGUGAUGGCCUAAAUCAACAAAUCAGCUUGUUUAUCAAUACCUGCAACCAAAUUGAAGAGCGUAUCUACCUGUUUAAGAGAUCUAUUGAAAGCCAACUUGAUUCUUACUGCAAAGAAGUAGAACUGCUACGCGCCUCUUCUGAGUUAUCUGAUGAGCUUUUGCUGGCACUGUUUAAUGACCUAUCUCUUACCUUGCACGAAUUGGCUGUUGUGUGGAUGCUUUAUCUGUAUCUUCUCUCUUCACCUAAAACCCCCACCCUACUCCACGUUGCAACGACGCUCAUUGGCGACAAGUUAUAUACAAGUCCCGCCUUAGGGUCACUUUCCGAGAUCCCCCAGGCGAUAACAGACUUACUCUCACUGCUCUCCCUACAUAAGACCAUCGAUCAGCAAUCCAUGACACCAGAGUUGCAAAAUAUUUAUAGCUGGGCCGAAACGCUGAUCCAUGCAGAUCCGCUAUUACUUCGGCUAUCUGAAUCUAUAGAAGACAGAGCUCUUACUGCAGUACUUCAUACAGUCACCGGAAGGUUAGCUAUAUGGGUUAUUAGCGUCAUUCAAAUUCCCCUCCUAAUUGACCGAGUGCUAGAGAAGUUGCCCGAAAUGAAGUCUUCGUUCCACAACUUAUGCAGCAAAUCGACACGGCCUGCUAGAUUCGAUUGCGAAUACUCUGCCCUCAACCAAUACCUUCCCCUCAAUCUCCUUUUUUCGGACACAAGUAUUGUUCAUUAUUACAAAUUUGAUGGGCUUCUAUUCCACAUAGCAAAGCUAUUAUUUUUCUGUUACUCGAAAGGGUAUGAGCAGUUUGAUGGUAUUACUUCCACAAUCUCUGCUAGCCAUGCCCAGCUUUCCAAUUUGAAGCAAUCAGAAGACAUUGUACUAAUGGACCUACAUACACAUCAGAGUGCCUCCCUAUUUCUGGAGAACUUGCUCGGCUAUCUGGGUGACAUCUUGCACAUACAAGCAUCCAUAGAUCAUAUACCUAGUACUAAGCAAUUUAAUAGAUUUUUUGCGGAGUUUUUGCGAUUUAAGACCUUUAUCACGGAAAAGGAAAGCAGGAUUAGUGUGAUAACUUGCGGGUUGUACCUGCUUAGAAGCACAGGCCUUUCGGAGCCUCUUAUUUCACAAGCAUCCACCAUCGUGAAGGAGCUGUCUUCUCCAAUUCUAUUCAAUCUUUAUUCCAUUUUAAAUCUCUAUCUAGACGCGCUGUCCAGGGUAGAGAAGGAGUGUUACACGCAUUUAAAGCAUGCACUGGGCCAACUUGAUGACUCCAGGUCUCUUAUCAUCGAAUACCGUUACUAUCCAGUUAUCCCAUCGACUCUGGAACCGGCAGCGCUGAUAAGGACCGUUUAUCUUCUGCGGAGUAUCUUUAAAGUCGAUGCCCUCAGGAAGCUUUACGAGCAGAUUAAUAAUAGGAGUCAGGUUUUGAUCCUUUACAUGCAGAAGAACGGGAUAGAUAUAGAGCCGGUCUUUAAACAAUCCACUGAAAAGAUCCUAGCUCUCCAAGGGGCGAUAAACAUUACCUAUGAAAAGGUGAAGUAUCUCGUUGAUAGCACGCGAGCAAGCCUUCUGGCCUACACUGUGUCUGCUAAUGAUGCGCUGAUGACGGCUCUACAUGACUUCCUCAGUUUCAGGGCUCUUGAUCAUAGGGAAUCGUUAAGCCUGGCACUCCAAAGUGCCAUUAAGCAGAGAGCGUUGACAGGGGCACACGUCCGCAAUCUAUAUGUACACGGUUCCCGGAUCCUUCUCUUUCUAGAAGACUCCCUUGUACGCAUCCGGCAUGUCUACUCCAAGCUGUGUUACCACUAUGAGCUGUGCUACCUUCAGGGAAUAUACGGUCCUGCUAUCUUCGUAAAAACAGCGCACGAUAUGCUGGGCUUCAUCAGGCGGAGUAUUGAGGGCACUGAGUUUCCCAAUUAUCUACGCUUGAUCGCCUCAUACCAAGUUAUCUGGGGACGACUUUGCCAAGUGGCUGACAGACUUCUAUAUUAUGAGGACAAGCCAAUAGCCUUGUUCUACGAUAGCUACACGGAGAUAAUGGCUUUGCUUAAGGACAGCUACACACUUCGAAGACAAGUCACCCUUGACAAUGCAGUUUUUCUUGAAUUCUUGAGCUGGUAUGAAGAUCUUCUGCAUAUUCUUCAAGAAGAGCUUCUCUCCAUUAUCAAUCUCAAAGAUUUUACACCAGAGCAAUGGCAGGACCUAAUUUAUCACAUCGGGCAUGUUACUCAAAGCUCUAAAUGCAUGGCCCUCUGCACUCUGGAUAGCGAAACGCAGCUUACUCUUGGAAAUGUCCUACUUCUCAAACUGAACACACACCCAGACAUACUGAGAGGGAAGAUAUCUAUGGCCUUGGUUAGCUCUGCCGUCUCAACCAAGGUUACGAAUGCAAUCUCACACUGGUCCGAUCUUAAUACCACAGAUUUCAUAGCGCUUGUCCGGGAGUUAUCUGACAUGAUGGAAUGCACUGGCUUGGAGCACUGUCUCUUCGCAAACUCUAUUGUAAAAGGUAGAGCGGCAGAUAUUUAUGUUGAACAGUACUUUGAUGCCCAUGACCUUCUUUCCCUAUCUAUCAUCCAGCGAAGCGCAGAAGAACUGGUACGAGGGAUGCUACAAUCUACAUCACUAAAAGCUUCUCACACAGCACUUCUAUUGGAACAUCUUGAAACCUUCAGGGCUGUUGCAGAUAUGGAGUGUAGCGAGCGAUCAUUCCCUAUGCUCACGUGCUGCCAGGUGUAUCUGCGUACAAUUUUAGAUGUUGGGCUUGUGAGCGCGGUAUUUGUUUCCACUCUGUCUCAGUUAUAUAAUUUUUUAAUAGCCUAUUCGUAUAUAGGGCACGAAGAUUGCUUAAACCCCUUUACUGCUUGGACACUCGAGGAUGAGGUAUCCAAGUGUUUAACCGUACUAUUUCAUAUAUUGUCAAUACACAAGUACAUACUUGAAUUGUAUGACAACAAUCUGCAAUUCAAACGAUACCUAUUAUCAGAUAUGAUCGAAGACAGCAGCAAAACUGUGGAGGAUAUAGAAGCUGUACUAGCGUUUCUUCAUGGACAGAAAGUGCUCCAGAAGAAGGACCGCUUUUCUGUUGAGAACUUCAAUAUAUUCUGCGGACGUCUUACUAGCUACUUUGUGCCUAUAAGGCUGUGUGCCUUUUCUAUGCCCCUUUAUCAGGCAGAAGAAGCUUUAAAACUUGAAGACCAUACUUCAUCGCCUUCCCAGGAACCAUCCAACAACUCUUCUUCCAAGACUUGCUUAAAAGAUGUGUCGAUUUAUCCACUUAUGAUUCUACUAUGUGUGGCGCUAAAGGCAGUUAUGGUAACUAUUAUUGAUUCUGUUAAGGAUUCCUUACCACAUCCAUCUCUAGAGCAGUCUUCAGAGACUUCUUACAUAACAGACUAUGCAGUUACGGAAAUCAGAAAGGCCAUUAUUCCUUACAAUCUCUUCUGCCUGUUUUCGAAGGGUCUUAAUGUAUGUGUCACACUUAAUACCUUGUUAUCCCUUUCAAAAAUAGAUCCUUUACUAAACGGGAUUGUAUCUGGGGAUCUCUCUUUUAGCAAUCCCAACCACAAAUUUUUUCUUCAAGCCUUAUCAGAGGCUAGCGGAUCUGAGUCUACUUCAGAUGCAGCAGAAGCCGAUGUAAGUAACUGCUCCCUCUUCAGAACUGCUCUACUAUCAACUUUCUGCAAUCCCUUUCUUAAGAGACUGCUCGCCGGAUAUCAGAAGCUGAUUACCAGCUCUGAGGAUCAAAACAUUAUUAUAGGCUAUUGGUGCGACUUUCCCAGUGAGUCUCCGAUGAUCUUCUAUCAACCUGUCAACCUUUGUGCUGUUAAUAGAUGGAUAUGUACCUCUGAAUGCUGCAAUUUACAUCCCUUAUGGCUUGCGGUUAUUUCUGUUUUUCAUGCAUACGAGGAAACCUUGCGCAUAGGAUCCUUGCUUGCCCUCCGUGAGCUUCGUGCACUAUGCUCGCUAUCUUUGUCGGUGGAUCUUUGCACCAACCCAUCAGCAAAUGAUGAAGAUCACGCCAAGGGAGUCUAUCUUACUUACGGCUACUGUGACCUAGAUGCGUAUCAAUACGAAUUUGUUCCUUUUCAGGCCAUGUAUAUCGGUGCGCGCUUGUUUUUGAGCACACUUUGUCUAUUCCAACACGAUUACACCGGGAGGGCCUCCAUCAUAUCCUCAACAAGCAACGACUUUCUUAUCUACAUCUGUGCACUAGUACAGAAGCACAUGUCUAUAAUCACUGAAUUGCCACUGCAAUUGCUUAUGCUUCAGAAGGAGGGUAACAGUGAGACGCAGCUGCUUACAAGACUCAUUGACCUACCCUCUAUGCAGUGGAAAAGUGCCAUGCUAUGGCUACUCUUUGAAGACUUCUGCGAAAAAUUAAAGGCCUCAGAAACAACCCUUCAAGUGCUACGGGAUAGAGCCCUUAGUGGAGGAAAGGCUUCCAUAGACCCUGACUUCAUCGCUAGGGAUCUACUCCAGAAGCUGGUAAGCGAUAAUGUGCUCUUCUUGCAAAUGGAGCUCAGCAUCUUUCCGGGGCAGGCGAUGUCUCUACUAAAUAGCCUUGACAUCUCUUUCAGUCCCUCAAAAGCAGCUUCUAGGGGUAUCAUGUACUGUGCUUCUUCAUCUCCAAACGGGGUUGUUAUCGCCAGAUCGUUGUUUGCCCAGAUUGCAUCAUCCAUACCCAGUUUACCGAUGAUAGACUUAAUUAGAGUUUACUCUCCAACUUUAUCAGUAACACGAAGUUAUCUGAAUGGUCUGUUGACCGCAGCUUCUUGCCAAAGCAUGCUAUUGUAUGGGCUUCAGUUCAUUUCACUAGUUCGUUCAAUUUUUCAGACAAUUCUUUUCUCUGAUGAAUCUCAAGUGCAUAGAAAGCAGUCAGUCCAGUUCUUCGUCGCUCACCAAGCACAGCAAGUACUCACGGAGAUUGCGUCCGUGCUAUGCUUUUCCAACACACAAAACAAGCAGCCAAGUGCCUCAGUGUUAUCCGCAUGUAGCCAUGAAGCUGUUACUCAAAGAUAUUCACUGAUUCUUGUCCCAAUUGAUUCCAAGUGGGAAACUUUUCAACGACAAGAUCUCGCUGUCUGCGGAUCUGAUCAAAGUUUCAAUCGAAAUGUCUCAGUAGAUAAGCAGUCGGAUCAGUCGCACAUAUACAGAGCGUGUGUGGAGAUAGCAAACCUAAUCAGGGAUCCAUCUAACGGAAAGGUGACUUGCAGAAAUUUGGAACGUGCUCUUGCUAAAUUUUUAUAUCAUCUACUUGCUGGAACAACCAUUGAAUCAGCAGAGAAAUUUCUUUAUUUAUCUAUAGACGAACUGCUGCGGACCUUGGCACCACUGUCCUUGAUAGGAAUUAGACGGGUUGCAGAACAUAAUACUAUGUCAGUACUAUUUGAUUCCAAGGUGUUUAUGAUGCAUGCACAAAGUAUUCUUCAGCAGAUGGUGUCUAUGGACCUUGAUGAGCGGCUUCUCCAGUGUAUGGACCCGCUGCUUGACUGGCUGGUUCAACUGGUGAUGCGGCUUAGGUAUCUAUUCAUUGUGGCAAGUCCCCUCAACGCUGUUGUACUCUGUGGGCCAGUCUUUUCCUAUGUCCACGUCCUUCCGUGGAUUUUCUUUCGAGCUCUUAAAUCCUCUGGCUUUCCAACUUGUUAUUCCUCCGAGCAAUCUGAGCACCUAUCCAAGGAAGCACAAGACUAUGCAUUUUUAUCCAUUCAUUCUCUAAGGUUAUCAUCUGAUAGAUCUAUCAGGGAAGUGAUUUCCCUUUAUGCUUCAGAGCAACCCUGUUACAGAACUAUUCUUAUGUUGACAACAGAAAGUCUUACUGAUGAACAAAGAGACAUCUGCCAUCGUUAUGGAAUUCCGAUUCUUAACACAGCAAGGCCCAUUGCUGACGCAAAUGACUUUAAGCAUUUAGAGCUUCUCUCCCUCUAUACAAACCUCCAUGCUUGGUGCUGCCCAAUAUAUCCAAGAAUAAAUGGCACUUGGAGCUUCACUCCUUCGCCAUUCUCGUUAAUAUCAAUGCGCCACGAUACAAGUUCAGCUUUGGAGUCACAAGCAGAGCUAAAAGAAGUGCAGCAGCAAGACCCAGAGUCUAUGACGGAAUCGUCGGAGCGCCUUCAGAGUAUGUAUUUGAGUAUUAAUCAUCAGAGGAAGCUCCUUGCCCCCCGAAUAGUCCACUCCUUUAUAGAAUUGUCUGGAGUGUAUAGAGAUCUUGUUGAAAAGGCUGUAUCAUCAACCGCGCUUUGCACGUAUUAUCGUUACCACGCUAUAACUGGCGCCUUGUCUAUCGUGUUGGCCAUACUUGACACGCUUCUGAUGGACCCAUGCAUUAGGGUUAAUAUUUUGAGAUUGGAAACAAAGUACUUUCAUGCCAUUGUUGUGUUCUCGUGUAGCUGGGCCUACGCUGCCUUGCCAAUAAAGUCCCAUCGUAAUGUAGAUCUUAAAUCUGACUGUGCUAGUGCACCAGCUAGUCAAGCCGAGAGUUUCCUAUAUGUAGAUUCAUCUAUCCGCAAAAAAUCGCCCCUUCUUCUCAAAACUGUGCCUCGCACCCUGCACACCAGGCAAGCGGUCAUCGACUCUGCUCAGAUUUCAUGGCCUGUGUUUCUUAGCAACGCCUUAGGCUCCCUUGUGCUGACUAAGAUAGGAUGUCAUGCCUCAAACAUAUAUGAUUUUGUACCGGCUGUUCGGGUAGAAAACAAAGUGAUUGUCGAUGCUCUGGUCACCACAUCUCUCUGUUUGGAGCACAGAUCUUGGCCCGAACUGGCCCAGACUCCCAGGGCAUUAGUUCCACAAAUCGUGGUGACACUAUGUCAACUUUAUGCAGGGGAAAGGCUUCUUUCCGCUGACGCUGGCCUAUCGCACAUUGAAUUCUCUGCUCUAAGUGCACACAUAUCUCACUUCUAUUCCCUCGGGGUGUAUAGCCUUCCUGCACAGCGCUGUCUCGGGAUUCUUAGUAAUGUCUUUAUCAUACCUGGUGCUCAGCCAGUACGUAGAACAGCUACGCCAGAGAGUAACUCCAAGCGUCGGCUUACACCUCUUCAAAUCGUGCAUUGUGCCUUCUAUCCACUUAGUCGAGAUCCAACUAGCAAAGCUGGAGAUGCUACGAACCUUACAUUACGCUCUGGCGACCCAGAGUUCUGCCCCCUUGUUGUGGCUGCAAUACCCAUCUUUCUAACGCCUUCAUCUCAGCAACACAAGGCAUACUCUUACGCUAAGACAUCAAGUCAGAUUCUAUAUAUCUUUGAUCACCAUCCCCCUAGGCAACACAUACAGAGACUUCACCACCCCGCGUCCAUGGUUCUACUCCAAGACACAUACCCCGGUUCGCAACAAGCAGAUUCACGGUUUACAUUUAUGACCCCGCGGAUCAACUCGACUGUGCAUACUCUAGUAUUUCAACUUUUCCAGCCAUUAGCUAGCACCUUACCUCUUUCUUGUGAUCAGGAUGCCUACAUUAUCCUGAUUCAGCUUACUCUUCAGGCAAUUCAGGAUUACCGAGGGCCUGCAGAACAUCAUCACUCUCUCAAUACUAUGCUAGAAAUAUUGGCUCCUGUUCAGUCGUUGUUGGAAGGCUUUGUCCUCAACGAGAAAAUAACCCGGAACGUAUACCGGUCAUUAGCGCAUGAAGAGCUAGUUUCGACAAGCGAGCCUCUUCUCACGCCCAGUCUUGCUAUUUUUGCAUGGCUUCUUUCCACUGUCGACUUUUAUACAUCAUGCUUCUCUAAAUCAUUCUAUGAUAGUCCAGAACGCAGCAGUUUCAGUGAGCUGAAAGACUUCUAUGGAAGCCUACUCUCUCUGGCCUCAUUCAAGGCUAGCAAGGUUGCAAGUACAGAUGCAGACCCUGGGACCUUCCUUAGCAGCUCUGUAAAGUCUUUUGGCACCAUGGAGCUUCUAGAGUUCUACGAGACGUACCCUCUGUUUGCUAUUUCGCUCGGACACACCAAUCUUUUUCUACCGCUAAGGUUACGGAAUAUAUCCACCUUUCCCAUAAGAACUGGCUCCAACACAAUGACUGGUAUCUUGUCCAACUUCGCGGCACAUGCCCAGAAGCUUGAAGAAGUGGUUACACAUUCGGUACCCCCGCUAGAUUCUUCAAUGUUCUUACGUCUCCUCGGUCUCCAAAAGUAUCAACAAUUUCUUCUGGCAAACAACACAUCAUUGCCUCUUCCCUGUCCCGUAACUAAAUCAUCUGAACAGGCAGAGUCAUCCACUUCAAUUGAUGUAGGAACAAUUUGCACAACAGCUAUCCAAUGCAUUAACUUUAGAAUACUGUGUGAUCUAUUUUCAAAUAUACAUAAGAUCCUGCACUCCACUCCUUUGGAUCCGCUGGAUGGCAACUACAUAUACUACUCACAUAUCUCUAUGCCUGCAUUUAGAGUCGGGGUUCUUCUUCGUAAUCUUUCUCUUUUCCCCGUUACACGUGCAGAAGGCGUCUCAUCAAUCCUUGUCAACUCUCACCUAAGGCUCUCUCGAUUCAUUCUCACAGAACCAGGACACUCUCUUAGGGACACACUGGCAUAUGCUUGCAAUUUGCGGGGGCUAAUAUACCCACUCGAAGUUGUUGGCAUACAGAGUACGGAGCAGGGCAUCUUGCUGGAGAUUGCGCAAACACUAUCGCUAGGCUAUAUGCUGGUUGCGUGGAUGCGAAAGCCUGUCUGCAUAUACAUCUCUUCGUAUGCGGUUCGAAAUGCUAAGAUUCUUGCGUCAUUGGUUUCACUCCUAUGUUACGGGUACUCUCCAGAAAUCAUGAGCACAUUAACGACAAUAGAGCAAUACGCAUUAACUCGAAAGAUUCUUGGAUUACUCUAUGACCCAUCUUAUGGUCCAGAAAGAUCGAACAGUGCAAUACUCAAAGACUUUAGCAGCAUUGUUGAUGGCCCUCUCGAACGCAUAGGCAUCCUUCAAAUUUCUGAGGACAGUAGUCCAUCACUUGUCAAGGCUAUACGUGCAUCUGGUCUCCGGCGCUUUCUAAGUCUUGUUGCGUUGGCUCACUUCUCAAUUCCGCCAGCCUCUUCACGUGGACGAGAUCCAAAUCAGAACUACACGUCACAAUUGAAACUAAAACGGACAGGGGAUCCUCCUAUUUCAGUUCUGAACACAUUGCCAGAGCUUCUGUGCUCCCCCAUUGAUGUUCUUUCAACAACUUCGGCAGACGUAUCCCUGUCCUCCCUUUUGCAUGUCUAUGUGGACGUUCCCAUAUACUCUGAUGUUCAUUUGUUUCUGAAAAUGGCUCACUAUAAUCACAUAUAUACCAGUAAUUUGGUCUUUGCUAUGCCCCCAGCUACAGAGUUCGGCCUUGUCGAACAUACCCUUCGCAGAGAGCUGAGUAUGGAGACUCCAGCCCUUCUUCAAGAUAUACUAGACGACCAGGAGUGUCUAAAGCUAGCUAAAGUAUAUACACACAUAAUCACUUAUCUAUCUAAAGUAGUGGAUAAACGUUUAUUGUUCUACUACACAUCCUACUCAACUUGCGUAGAAUUUGGUAAAGUUUUCAAGUCUCUGCUCUACCAUAGGAGGCACACAUUUACUGUUCGUCAGAAGCACUACGAUCUUGCACUCACCAAUCUUCGACUUGUCCAUGAAAACUCUGAGCAGGCCUUAGAAUCUUGCAGACGAGCAUCCGCAGAGAUCCAAGCACACUCACUUGCAUUUCAAAACACUAACUUUGAGCUAUCACAUUUAGAAGAGGAGAUUUCGGUAGUCAAACAGCGACUGUGCGUUAGAACUAAUGAUAAGAGGUAUGCAGAAGAGACACUGAAAGAGGCAUCUGAACUUCAGAAUCAGUACAAGAAACAGAUAGUAGUAUUUCAUAGACAAAUGGAUAGGAUCUCCGAUUAUCAAAAUUCAGUCAAUCCCAUUUUAUUUGCUGCAGGCUGGCAGACGCAUAAACGCUUUCAGGAGUGCCUUUCUAUGGCCUGCCUACACUUAGCUGCAUGUACCUCCAAGAAAGUCUCAGUUUUCGCGCUCUCAGUACCGAAGAAGGGGGCGUCAAAGCAUACAUCGAAAGAGAUAGAGCCAUCUCUGGAUACAUUCAAGCGGCGCGUUAGCAAUAUUGAUGUGUUUAUCAAGGAGAUGAUUGCACCCUCUCCCGAGGAAAUAGUCAACUCUCCGCACUAUCAGCUUAUUAAGGACUAUCUUCUGGAUGCCAUAGAAAGUAUUUCCGGCUAUAGACAUACCGCCUCAACAUAUCUCGUGCCAAUCGAACAUGUCAAGGUGGAGAAGGGGGCCCAGAGUGACCUUGCUGUUCUCCCCAAAGAAAUAUCGACACGUCUUCCACCAUUCUAUACAAAAGAGAAGGCACGUUAUGUUCCAUCAACCAUGGAUCUUUUAAGGGCCUCUGUCGAAGUGCGAAGUGUCCACGUGAUUGCUGAUAUGCUUUUCUGGAUCCUCCUUUUCCAGAUGGAGCUUAGUACCAUGUGGAUUAAUGGCGCCGAGUACAGAACGGUUAUUUCUGAUCAGGAAACUGCUAUUUCAAACUGCGCAAAUGAUAUUGACAGCCUGGAGCGUCAACUGGCUGCCUUUGAGUCUCGUCUUCUCUUGGGGCAAGAGCGCAAGCAGAAUCUUAAUGCAGAGCUAACCAACUUACGCAAUAAGUAUGCAGAGUCCAAAGAUAUGUUGUCAACAACCAGCAGCAUUUUAAGCAGCAUCAGCGACUUGAGACAGGCUUGGCUUGGAACUAGUGCAGACCUGAAGCUGAAAUUAGACAACAUUAUGGGAGAUAGUAUUGUCAUCGCCACAGCAUAUACCAUGCUACUCCAUGUCAACUCAUCAACCCGGUGCAAGCACCUGGCAGGCAUAGCAAGUCUCUUGGCAGACACAUAUGGAUACACCAUUUCUCCUGUUUGGACCGAGAAGGGCCUCUCUGAUAGCUGCAUCACUAACAUGACCCUUUCAAGUAACGAACUCAUGCAAAUACAAUACGCUGCUUUAACGUCUCACUUCUUUGCCCCACAGGUGCCUCUUUAUGAGCGUGAUCUGAAUAUAAUUCUAAGCAACACUAGCGUAGAGGUGUCUGGGGACAUCAAUGUGUCAGAGGACGAGUGGCUGGGCCUAAUCAACUGUUUCGGAUCACUAACAGAAAUCGAAGCAGACAUACUCCGCCAUGGAAGCACACUUAUACACGAGACCUUUGUUUUCUACGUGACUGCACUGCUAUUUGGUCACCGUAACACAGCAAUUCUUGUCACAGAUCAGACAAGAUCCCAGGGGAGGCUCCUCUCAGAAAUCGUUUCUAAGGUAAGCAUAUUCCACGCAUCUAGCAAAGGCUGUACACGCCCAAUAUUUUUGCAAACUCUCGCCGAUUGUCAAAGAUUGUACUCUGUAAUCCAGCACUGUAUCGUAGAUAGUAUGAGCACAUUAGAGAACCAAGUCCGUGCACACGAGGACGCGAUUGCUUCUAUCGCUGCAUCCUUGCGUGCCGAUGCUAUUACAUCGGACAGCCCACUUGAAACGCUUGAGACCAGCUCUGUUGUUUUUCCAGUAGCCGUAGACACUACUUUUAUGCAUCAAACGUCUAUGCACGAUCUCUUAUUGGGAGCAUUCCAAGUGUCUACCAGUGACAAGGGGAACAUCUACAAAUAUGCUAUUAAUCGCCAAUCAUCAUGUGUAGAAGCACUCUACAGCAAACCAGGCACACUGACAGCGCACAGCCCCCUGAGGUUGUUUCUGACAUCCCUCCACGACAAGCAGGACGUUGUUCUUUCCAUCGCGAACAACCAGCUCCUGUCAUUCUGUUCACUAAUAGAUUUAGAGCCCGUUGGGUACCGUGCCCCUGAGAUCUCGGAAUCAGCUCCUACAGUCAAGGUGGUCUUACAGAGACCUGUCUCGGACUUCACUUAUCUUGAUUACACCAGCAAUCUUAUCACAGUGGAAAAGCCGGUGGUCUCGAUGUAUCGUGUAGACUCAGAGCGUAUCUAUCAGGAGGUGUCUCUCUGUGGGUAUGUCCUUUCCAUUGUUGAUGAAGCUAUAGUUGACUUUAUGUGCACCUUACAAUCCAAUGCCGACGUCCUUAAUACCUUGACCAACAAAAUGCUCCAACUGGUGUUAUCGCCCAAUAAGGUGCCGUUUCUUGAAGCCAUCGCCGAGGUCCACCAGCAAAUGAAGAUCGUCACUGCCAUGGUCAUCCGCCUCAAGAAGUGUCUCUUCUUGAAAAUCCACAUGCCUAGAAGGUGA